AUGCUUCCGCCCUAUUAUUCUAACAGUGUCCGCCCGUCGCCUCCCUCCGCGCGGGAUGUGUCCGCCCUUCGCCCUUCCUCCGGCGCCCGCUCGGUCGUCCCCUCGACCGCCCAGUGCCCGACGGUUCCUCGCUCACGCGGUCACGCCUCCUUGCCCUCCACCUCCCCCAGGCACGCGAGCAGGCAGUUCCACCUCGCCGCCGCCCUCACGCUACCACCGCCCGCUCUCUCUCUCGCGCACGCGCUACACGCCUCCGCCGCCGCUGCUCGCCCGCCGGAGGCCGAUUCACCACCUCCGCCGCGCGACACACCGCCACCGCCGCCGCCGCUGCUCACCAACCGGAGGCCAAUUCACCAACUCCGCCGCGCGACACGCCGCCGCCGCCGGCCGUAUUCCGGCCAAAUCACGGAGCAGCUCCGAAGCCGACCGCCGCCGGCCGGAUUCCGGCCAAAUCUGGCCCUCUCCGCCAUAGGUUCAGGCUGCUGUGAAGUGGACAAGGACCCAAGCAAGGGAUGGCACCUUGGAUUUCAAGACAAUGGUCAAGAGUGCUCGACUUCAGCAAUCAUGUUUUGCCUAUCUUCACUUAUGUUGUUCCAUAAAUCUAAUAAGAUAAAGCUUUGCUCAGUUGUGCCCCUGCAUAUUUGUAACUCUUGAGUCAUUAAAUUAACGAAUCAAUUUUGCGUGAAUAUCUCACACCUAUGCUCCUGGAAAGUAUGUGUAGCUCCACGUAAAAAAAUGGCCAUAAUUGUUUUUGAAAAUUGCAAUUGGAAACCUUACUUGAUAUCUUGAGCUUCAUUACCUUUUCUUUUGAGAUCUUAUUUUCAGGUUCACAGGAAAACACCAUUUUAUUACUUGUUGCUUCAGCCAUGUAAAACUUGUUUAAGUUGUUUUUUUUACUAAAAGAUCUUGUUUCGUGCUACGUCUUUUGGAUGGAAGGUACGAUGCCUCCCUCAACAGUCAUUCUUCAUGGUGGGAGGCAGUGAGGAAGUCAUUUAAGAAAUAUGCAUCACUGUCUAACCUUUUGCUUAUCAAGAAUGCCUAGCAGCCCCCCCACAAAUCUGUAUGUCUAUGUAAAUAGCAACAGGCCCAUUAUGUUGUGCUUUGGUUGAAUAUUUUGACGUGAUUA